AUGAGCGACCUUCUUAAGUACAUCCUCAACAACGAGGAAGCAUUUCGAAGAAACCGUCUUCCUUCUCUCUACUCCGACUUCACGCCCCAGAAGAAAACAAACCCCGAUGGGUACGCCGUGAAUGUUGCCGCAUGGGAGCAAGCCCUGAACCGAGCGGCAAAGCGUGGCUAUACAUCAUCGCGCGGUGUCCGUGUACGCUCGGACUCGAGUGUAUCAGCUAGUGGCGCUACGCCAGCCGGACGAAAGAAGACAGAUCAUCUUAUCUUGCGCACGGAUGAGUCGCUCCUCCGCGAUCUGGAGAGCUCUGAGUGGGGGAGACCCGUUGCGCUGGGUACUGUUAUUGACGAGGCAGUGCGCAAGAAUUCGAUGAUCCCAUUAAAAAUCUACAAGACUACUCCUGGACUUCUACAGAAAAAGAGUCAAUGGAGAGUGAUCGAUCCUGGGGUGUUGAGUCCGUGGAAUGUCAUGAGCUGGGGGGUUCGGCAGCUAAAGGGCUUUGUCGUAUCUGAGAGUGACUCCGCGCCGGAAUUGCAGGUGCAGGAGUUAGUCCUGGUCGAUAAUCUACAGGAAAUGGCAGAUCGAGUUGUCAAGAAGGCUACGGGCGGUACUUCAUCUAAAUUGGAUCUUAUCUACUCCAAAGAAAUAUUUGUGGAGGAGUUUGCGGGCCUACUGAAUGACGCUACGGAGUUGUCGGAUUCAGAUCUUGAAGUCCUGUUAAUCUAUUUGUCCCGCGACAGCGAUGCUAUUGCAUUUGAUGGCAAGACUAUCAAGUUCAAGUCUCCAGAUGAUAAUGGAGAAAUCACACAACAGGACACCACGAUUGCAUCCAUCAAGACCUUGGUAUCGACUUUAUCGAAACAGGUCGCAAACUUGGAAGCUAAGAUCGCUGAGCUAAAUGUAUCUGCUAAGACAGCCCUUGCAAACAAAAAUCGCAUCUCCGCUUUGUCGGCCGUUCGGUCGAAGAAAAUGGCUGAGCACAACCUUCAACAGAGGUUUGAUACUCUCAUGCGGCUUGAGGAAGUAUAUUCUAAGAUUGAGCAAGCGGCCGGUCAGGUAGAUAUGAUACAAGUCAUGCAGGCAAGCACCGGUGUCCUUCGUGGUCUACACAACCAGAUUGGCGGUGCCGAGAAGGUCGAGGAUAUCGUGGAAGAGUUACGCGAGGAGAUGACCAAGGUGGAUGAGGUUGGAAGCAUCAUGAACGAGGCCGGUCCUGUCAUUGAUGAGGGAGAGAUUGAUGAUGAGCUCGCAGCCAUGGAAAAGAGCGACAAGGAGGCAAGGGAGAAGGAAGAAGCUGCCGCCACCGAGAAAAGGCUGGCCGAAUUGGACAGCGUCAAGCAAGCCUCCGACGACGUUGCUCACCGAGCACGUGUGGCUGAAAAUGUGGACUCAGCGCUAGCAGAUAACAUCGACCGGCUCUCCAACAUGUCUGUUGAGGACAACCCGAUGCCAGCAAAGUAA